GUUCUUUUGCUCUGCACUGCUGCACUGAUGCAGAGCGAAAGAACAGACCAUAUAUAAGUCAGACUUAUGUAUUUACAGUAGCACAAUUUAAUAAUAGAUCAGACUUACUUUAUUUUUCUGUAGCACCACCGAACAACGGAUAAUUUUUUAUUUCUACUUAUUAACAAGAAAUAAAGAUCUGUCCGACUAGACGAUGAAUGAUAUUAAAUAAUUGGUCUUUUAAUCAUAAAAAAGGAAAGUAUCUAAUAUUAGUUUAUCGGUCGUUUAUCGUUCAUUCUCAGUGAUAGGUUAUAAACAUGAGCAAUAUUUAUAUACAAGAACCACCUACGACGGGCAAGGUCUUAAUGAAAACAACUGCUGGUGACAUAGAUUUGGAAUUAUGGACAAAAGAAGCACCCAAGGCUUGUAGAAAUUUCAUACAACUUUGUAUGGAAGGUUACUAUAAUGGCACAAUAUUUCAUAGAGUUAUAAAAGGUUUUAUAGCACAAGGUGGAGAUCCAACAGGUACAGGAGAAGGUGGUGAGAGCAUAUAUGGAUAUGCUUUCAAGGAUGAAUUUCAUACAAGGUUACGUUUUUGUCGGAGAGGUUUACUUGCUAUGGCGAAUGCUGGAAAAGAUGAUAAUGGCUCUCAAUUUUUCUUUACUCUUGGCUCGACACCAGAGUUGCAAAAUAAGCAUACUAUCUUUGGCAAGGUUACUGGGGAAACAAUUUACAAUAUGCUCAAGUUGGAAGAUGCACUCGUAGAUGAAAAUGACAGGCCUCAAUAUCCACAGAAGAUCUUAAAAACGGAAGUAUUAAAUAAUCCUUUCCAGGAUAUUGUUCCAAGAGUAGAGCUUGAGAGAAACACAGAUAAUAGAGAAAGCAAGAAAGACAAAAAGGCUGGUGUAAAGAAUUUUAAGUUACUGUCGUUUGGAGAAGAGGCUGAAGAAGAUGAGGAAGAGUCAUUAGUUUUAAACAAGCAGUAUAGCAGCAAAGGAAAAUCAGCACAUGAUUGUUUGUCUGAUCCAAAGUUAAGUGCACAGCCUGUAGUUGAGCCAGCUGGACUACCAAGUAAGAGAUUCAAAGAAGAUCGAAGCAGUGACUGGGAAAAUGAUGAAGAGACGCACACUCCGGAAGAAUUAGCUGCUCUGGCGAAGGAAAAAGAGGCUAUGAAAGAAAGGAUUAAAAGCAAAUUAAGGGACUCUAAAAAGUCCCUUAAUUUGCAGUCUUCGCAGUCAAAAUCGAAAAUUGAAGAUGAUAAAGUUAAAAAAGAAGAGACUAAUGAGGAUAAGGAGAUAGAGGAAUAUUAUCUAGGAAAGGAUCGGGAGGAAGAACGAAAGAAAAAGGCCGAAGCGAUCAGGAAAGAGAUCCGCGAGCUGAAGCGUGACGUGCAAAACGAAAAACGAAUGAAGGAAGCGGAGCGCAAACAACAAGCUGAUAAGGACGAUAAGAAGGAGAAGUCUGAAGUAAUGAAGGAAUACAUAGAAACCCAAGAAAGAUAUAAGAAAGCAAAAGCGCAGCUGCCUAAGAAGGGCAAAGUGCGCGAGAAUUUCACGAUGGAGCUACUGAACAAAUUCAGAAACAAACUCCAAAACGCUAAAGAGAAGGAUACCACCGCGGAUUCUGACAAGCACAUUUCAGAAAAAACGUCGCAGAGCGAUGAGGAUGACGAGGAUCCGGGUGACGAGUCUUGGAUGACACAUGCUUUGCACUGCGAGGAGAAAGCGCCGGUGCUCGCGAAGGACGCCAACACCAAGGCUGACGAUUGGUUCGAGAUUUACGAUCCUCGAAAUCCAUUGAACAAGCGACGAAGGGGAGAGAAGUCUCAAAGACCCAAAGACGAGGAUAGCAAGAGCUCUCAAGAUGGAGUCCGUCCGCGAGACUGGCAACCUCGAAGAUCGCGUUGCAAAGUACCCUUGAGACUGCUGCGAUUAUGCACGCUGGUGAUAUUCCUGCCGUCCAUUCUGAUCACUGGGCCGAUGUACUUGCGGUACUAUGUGUACUCUGAACAGUUGUAUCCUUUGGCAGUGUCGGAUCAAAGGCUGAUCGACGCCAGAACAUCGACUGUUUGGUGCCAAAGUCAAUUGAUCAAAGCUAAUGCCACAUUCAACGCGUAUUUGAUGAGCGGCGAGCCGGCGGUGCAGAGCGAAGCGAUGCCCGUUUCAAUGACACGGCACCUGAUCCUGGAGGACGACAUGAAGGAGUACUGGGGAUUUUAUCUGCUGCGCGGUAGCAGCGUCACCGUCUCGACCUGUGUAAGAUGGCCAGGUGCUUCUUUAACAAUAAUUCGUGGACACAAGCAUCUGCACGAGUGCGCCUUCAUCGGAGACGACAGCAGCGAGGAGCUUGAGGAGCUUCUUGAGGUCGCUCAGGAACAAAAACUUCUUAUAAUAAACGGCACGACAGAAGCGAUGGGUCUCAGCAAUAUACCUGAAAAAAUGAAACGAGCAGGCCAAGACGUACACUUUCAUCAUGAGGGCAGUGCUCAGCGCUCGAACAUUUCCGAAUCAAUCGGAUAUUCGCAUCAACCGGGCGGUAGUCACGAGUUAGAUGCUAAAGCGAUGCGAAAUAUACUCACUCAGAUCCUCGCCAAGACUCUCGAUAUGAAGAAGAAGAAAGACCAUCCGCAUCACCAUUACAAGAGUGUGUUCCGGGAGUCCGCCAAUAUUGACAAAUUUGACAAAUCAACAACGACUACCACCGCAGAACACUCUGAGAUUUCACCGGGUCAGCCUCCUCCUCCUCCUCCUCUUCCUCCUCUGCAAAAGUCUAUAAGCAGAUUUGUUAAUCAUAAAGAGACAUCGAAAAGUAGCACAGAAUCCAAGUCUGCAUCUUCGAGUGUAUCGGUUUCUACCGAGAAAAAGUUGUCGGAAGAGAAAGAAGAAAAUAGACGCCGCCAUGAAGGACUCGAGGCUCAGAAGAUUUCCACAUUUUCUUCUUUUCCUACGCCUCUCAAUACUCAUCAAGAUUCGACAAUAUCUAACGAGCGAACGGAAACCAUCACGGCACAGGAAACUGUGAAAGAGCGAAUGGAGUCGGAAAACGAACAGAUGGACUCGGUGGAGAUGUUUCAAGACGUUCUGAGGAAAAUCAGUUCCUUGGGCAAUCGCGGCAGACAGAUGCUGCGCAAAUUGAUGGAUGAGAUCGACGCACAGGGUGUCGAGGGUGACGCCCUGAGACGGCUGGUGAACGAGACGAUGCAUGAUGAGAGAUUAUCGAGCACGGCUAAGCGCAGACAAAGAAGGGACCUGGUUCUCUUAUCACCGCUUUAUCGGGAUUUAACUUGGGAAGAUGAGAACGACGACGCGCCAUUAGAAGAGGGUAUGUUGCGUCCGGACGGAAUCGCGGAGGAUCGAGGUACCGUGAACGAGACGGACUUAAACGACAGGAGCAACUCCGAGUUCUGGAGCUCGUUUAGCAGCUCGGAGGAGCGGCUGUUAGAGUGUAAGGGUCUUAUCUUGAACUUACCACUAACUCCGCAUCGCCAGUGCACCCCUAAACAUGAAAAUCACCACAUUACGGCCUCCCUCGCCAACACUGUAACGUACAAAGUACCCCUAAACGGUUAUUACUUCUUCGUGUUUAAUUCGGAGAACGAGGUCCAACCGAAUUAUGUGAGGGUGCAGUUCAACCUGCUGAAGACCGUUUACAACACCUCGAAUUCGGUGCGCUCCUGCAAGAACAGCACGAAGGAGUGCUCAUUGCCGUUCAAUAUCUUCAGCAACGAGAGAACGAUACUUGAGGUGCCGUUGAACGGCAACGAUUCACAAUGGAACGAGGAGUACAUGGUGGUGUCCACGUGCGUGCCGCGAACGAUGAUUUAUUUCAUUUGCGUCAUCAUGGUGCCUCUGUUGAUCCUCUGCUUCGCCUUUCAUUAGAAGAUUGAGUCACCGAUGCAGUAUUUUCUUGAUAAGAUGUACUGAUAAGAUCGUUAACGUGACAAGGCCGUGUUCGGAAGCGAGGCCGACUCGAAUUCAAUUAGCGUGUGUAAGUACUCGACAGUUUACUUGAUAUAAAUUCAUGUUGCAAGAGAGAUGAUGGUUUCGAGAUAUCCCGUAUUACAGCAGGUGAUUCAAUGAACAUUAACUAAGUUGACGUGAACCUCAGACUUAAUAAUCUUGAGUCAUAACAGAUCGAUCAAAAGACGAAAGCUCAAGCUGUAGUGAAGUAUGUCUAAUAAUCACAUAUUUAUUAGAUUCGCCUAUGUUUUGGUGAUACAAGAUCUCAAAGAGCUCUGAGAUUGUGAUUGUAUUUCCAAUGAUUCUUACUAGUUGUAAAUAUUUUUAAUCUGUUUUUAGUCUAUAUUUUCAAUUUGCGAAUUUACGCUUUAAGCGGUACAAAGUCGUGAUGCAUUCAGAGUGAGAUAUUAUUCCUAAUGUGAUAUGCAAUUUCGGCGCUGAAAUUCACCGUCAAGACAAACAUCCGCGAGCGAUGCGCGACACGAUUCAUUGUAACAAUGUAAUAUACAUGUUGUUAGGCGACGCAAUCAAUUUUUGGAUUGUGUAUGUGCGAAUAAAACGAUCUGUC